AUGUCUACCGAGCCAAACAUGCGAGUCCGACGGUCGCAUAGAAAAUCGCGGAAUGGAUGCGUAGCAUGCAAACAACGCCAUGUCAAGUGCGACGAGAGGCGUCCAUCUUGUAUUAACUGCACCACUGCCGAUCGGGUGUGUUCCUUUCUACACUCGCGACCCCGCCGCCAUGUCGUCGAUGUGCAUCCUUCAUCCUCAUUGCCAACGCCGCCCACAGCCUUGACACCAUCAGCUUCGACGCCGUCAGCCUUGACACCAUCAGCCUUGACACCAUCAGCCUUGACACCAUCCGUUGCUUCCUUCCACUCAACUCUUCCUGCCCCAGAACAGAUUAACCUACAACACCUCAUGCUGCUUCAUCACCUUGAAAACGAAGUACUUAGGUCGCCUGACCCCAUUCUAAUCACAGGUGCCCAGAACGCUCAGCUCUGCUACGACGCUAUCUUCCAAUCUGCCAUCUCGGCACCCUACCUGAUGUAUGAGUUGCUGGCCUUUUCUGCGCUUCAUUGCAGCACGGUCUCCCACGAUGAUGCCGGCAAAACCAAGUACACCCAUCAGGCAGCCGAGCUCCAAACCCGCGCUCUAGCGCUCUUCAACGCGACAAAGCCGGAAGUGCGCAGCGAGAACUGCAUGGCUUUGCUUGUGUUCUCGUCGGUGCUUGGCAUGCACACGCUCUUCGACGCGGUGGCAUCGUACGAGGAUGUUCCCGACUUUCUAGACAAGAUCAUUCAUUAUCUUAAGCUGCAUCACGGUGUACGGGCCAUCACUAACCAGAGCUGGCAUGUGCUACGCAAUAGUGAAAUACAGCAUUGCAUCAAUUCAAUCGAGUCCAGUGACCAGGUAUACCAAAUGGAGAAUCCAGCGAGUCAGUGCGAUAGGCUGUCGAGCCUUCUCGAUGCCUGGCGCGACAAGCUUGGCCCGGGCCCGUACAAUGCCUGCCACGAGGCUGUCCGGUCACUAUGCUGGGCGUUCAGCUUACAUUCCUCUCUCCUUAAACCAUAUCCUUUGCAUAUAACCAUGGCCUGGCCAGUCAUGAUCUCCGUUGAAUUCAUCGAGCUUGUGGAGCAACGGCAGCCGGUGCCAUUGAUAAUCCUUGCCCAUUGGGCCAUGCUACUCCACUACGAGCGCGAAUUUUGGGUAUUUGGCGGCGCAGGUCGAGUCAUAAUAGAGUCCCUUUCUAGGUAUGUGGGCCCCUAUUGGGAUGAUUGGCUAGUUGCACCAAAAGAGGCAUUGGGCGAUAGACGAUAA